GCUGCCGCAGGAGCGAUGAGCGGCGGGCUCGGCCCCGGCGUGUGCGGCCCCGGGCCCCCCCGCGCUGCCCCCGCCAUGUGCGGCCCUGCCCGCGGGGCGGGGGUCACCCGCCCCCCGGCCCCCAGCCCGGGGCCGCCGGCUCCGGCCCGGCCCCGCGCACGGCAGGAGGCGGCAGGGCCCCGCCGGCCCCCGGGGAGCCGCGGCGGGGGCGGAUGGAGACAGCGGGCACGGCGGCGGGCUGGGUUAUUUUCUUCCAUCUUCCUUUCAUCUCUGGAAGCUCCAUCAGUAUUGGGAUAGGCAGCAAUUAUUCCAAUCUCCCCAUCGCCUCGAACCAGAGCAGCGCUUCCAGCGCCUUCCCGAGCGCCGGGGAGCACGGCGGUGACAGCAGCCUGCUGGUGUCCCCGCUGCUGGUGGCAGGCGUGGUGAUCGGGCUGGUGCUGCUGCUGUCCUGUGCCACCAUCGUGGUGGGCAGCCUGCGCAGGGACAGCCGCGCCCGCCGCGCCCACCCGGGCACCGCGGCCGCCGACGCUCCCGAUGGUUUCUCCCACGGCGGCUCCUCGGCAGAGCUGAGAUCCACCUGCAGCGAGGAGCUGCCCCCAGGCUGUGAUUUUGACUCCUACCUGGACAUCCUUUCUCAGGUGAACAUCAUGUAUCCUGAUCCACCUCCAUGCUACGACGAAUGUGUGGGGCCAGGAGCAACACAGAUAUAUAUUCCCACAGAUGAUCCCCCUCCAUAUUCCCUGACGGACCCUUGCCAAAGAAUUGAAACACCUGGAAACAUCUGUAGCAGGCAGGAGGAGGGGGCAGCCCGUGCCGCAGGGAGGCUGCGGGAACCCGGCCCGGCCCUGGCCGUCAUCUCCCGGUGCGGGGAGCGGGACAGCGGCGUGUGAGCACAGCGUGUGAGCACAGCGUGUGGGCACAGCGUGUGUCCGAGGGGACACCGAACACCCUCCCCUGACACCGAACACCCCGCUGCCCAUCGGGCCCCUGCACCGCAGUGACAGCGCCGCUUUCCUGCGCUUCUUCUGAAGAACUCAGACCAACAGAAGAAUAAAGCCUCUGCAAGUUUUACGGAUUUUAUAUCUUUAAACAGGGAUGUAAUGGCACCCCUGUGAAUCCCAAUGGGAUUUUUUUUUACAGUGAAUUUUGCAAGUUUACGUAACUUUCCCCGUUUGUGCUUCAAAGUGUUUCAUGGCAUCACACAGCAUAAAAGAGCAGCCGAGACAAGCAGUGCAUCUGACCUUUCUGAAGCAUUGCAGAACCCAUUGAAAUUAGCCACUCAUAACGAAGAUAAAUGUUAUCCAGUCAGGCCUACUUGUUGAUUUUAUGAUACUUUGCAUGUUUUAGAACAGAUGGAAAAAGAAGAGCCUUUUGUUGUCAUUGCAGGUGUCACUAGUACAGCUCAUUCGGUGUAUUGACAACAAAGCAUUUUUAAAUAACUCAAUAACUCUUUGUCUGUGUGUUUCAGUAGGCAAAGCACUGGCUAAAAAAAAGAUUUUUAUCAGUACCACUAGAAACAAAAGAAAAAAAUAUUUUAAUAUUCACAUUAUUCCUUUGGUACCAGGCUUUCCAGGCCAUUGCAAACCUGUUGCAAGUUCUCCUCAAAAGCCACCGUGCACCACGGGUGGAGGAGGGUGGCGCUGGGUCCCCAGGUGCAGCACAGCUGGGCAGGCGGGAGCUGCGCGUCCUCCCCGGCCUCGCUGCAGCCAGGGGCAGGCACAGCGACCCCGGAGGGUGCUGCAGGCCGGCUCCGCACACGGCUGCAUUUCCAAGCACGGUCCCGGCUCUUUUCCCGUCAGGAGCACUCUGUGAGUGUUCCUGGGUGAGCACUGGCAGCGGUGUGAGCGCCGUGCAAACAGAGACGCCGGGCUGGGCUCAGUAACAGAGCCUCAGGAGCCUCGGAGCGUUCCCAGCUUUAGAGAAGGGACCAGGAAAAGGAGCCCAACGAGUGAGGCCAGGACACUGGGCUGGCAGUGCGUGGGUCCCCGGCGGUGUGCCAGGGCAGUGGGAGCUCAGCUCAGGCACAGCAGGGCCAGGCCACAGCGGGGCAGGGGCAGUGGGAGCUCAGCUCAGGCACAGCAGGGCCAGGCCACAGCGGGGCCGGGGCAGUUGGAGCUCAGCUCAGGCACGUCAGGGCCCGGGCCGUUGGAGCUCAGGCACGUCAGAGCCGGGGCAG